AUGGUCGUCGCGCAGGGCGUUCCCGACGUCUCCGUCGACGACGCCCCCGCGCUCAUCUCCACCACCGACGCGUGGAAAGAUCUCGCCGCGCACAAGGAGGAGAUCGACAAGACGCACCUCAGGGACCUCAUCGAGGACCAGAAGCGAUGCGAGGCUCUCACCGUCGAGUACAACGGCGUGUACUGCGACUACGCCAGGCAGCGCGUCACCGAGGAGACGAUGACGAAGCUCUACGAACUCGCGGAUGAGGCGAACCUCAAGGGCAAGAUCAACGCCAUGUUCUCGGGCGAGCACAUCAACUCCACGGAGGACCGCGCCGUGCUCCACGUCGCCACGCGCGCCCCACGGAACAAGGUGAUCAACGUCGACGGUAAGAACGUCGUCCCCGACGUCUGGGACGUCCUCGACAAGAUCAAGGAUUUCACCGAGAAGGUUCGCAACGGCGAGUGGCUCGGGCACACCGGCAAGCCGCUCACCUCCGUCGUCGCCAUCGGCAUCGGCGGCUCCUUCCUCGGUCCGCUCUUCGUGCACACCGCGCUGCGCACCUGCGGAGAAGCCGCGGAGGGCGCCAGGGGCAGGCAGCUUCGUUUCCUCGCCAACGUCGAUCCCGUCGACGUCGCGCGAUCGCUCAACGGCCUCGACCCCGAGACUACGCUGGUCGUGGUGGUGUCCAAGACGUUCACCACCGCGGAGACGAUGCUCAACGCGCGCACCGUGCGCCAGUGGAUCAUCGCGUCCCUCGGCCAGGAGGCUGUCAAGAAGCACAUGGUGGCGGUGAGCACCAACCUCAAGCUCGUCGGCGAGUUCGGCAUCGACCCCGACAACGCGUUCGCGUUUUGGGACUGGGUCGGAGGUCGGUACUCCGUGUGCUCCGCGGUGGGGAUGCUCCCGCUGUCGCUCCAGUACGGUUUCGAAACGAUGGAGAAGUUUCUGGAAGGGGCCUGGAACAUCGACGAGCACUUCGCCACCGCGCCGUUCGAGGAGAACGUUCCGGUUACGCUCGGGCUGCUCUCCGUGUGGAACGUCUCCUUCCUCGACUGCCCGGCGAGGGCCAUCCUGCCGUACACGCAGGCGCUCGCCAAGCUGGCGCCGCACAUCCAGCAGGUGGCGAUGGAGUCUAACGGUAAGGGCGUGUCCAUCGACGGGCAGCCGCUGCCUUACGACACCGGCGAGAUUGACUUUGGCGAGCCCGGCACCAACGGUCAGCACUCCUUCUACCAGCUCAUCCAUCAGGGUCGCACCAUCCCGUGCGACUUUAUCGGGAUCAUCAAGUCGCAGCAGUCCGUCUACCUCAAGGGCGAGAUCGUCUCCAACCACGACGAGCUCAUGUGCAACUUCUUCGCGCAGGCUGACGCCCUCGCGGUGGGCAAGACGGCUGUGCAGCUGAGGUCCGAGAACUGCCCGGAUUCCCUCAUCCCGCACAAGACGUUCACCGGCAACCGCCCGAGCCUCUCCAUCAUGCUCCCCGCACUGAACGCGUACACCACCGGUCAGAUCCUCGCCAUCUACGAGCACCGCGUGGCGACCCAGGGUUUCAUCUGGGGACUCAACUCGUUCGACCAGUGGGGCGUCGAACUCGGCAAGGUGCUCGCGUCCAAGGUUCGCGCCACCAUGAACGAGAAGCGGACCAAGGGCGAGAAGAUGAGCGACAAGGACGGCUUCAACCCGUCCACCACCGCGAUGCUCAACAGGUACCUGGAGGGUAAGGCGCAGCUGAAGUACGCCGAGCCGGAGGAUGUGUUCCCGUGCGAUCUCAUCGACAGCGACGAGUGCAGGCCGCCCACCUCGUACGCGUGAGAAGACGUUUCGCGGGUGACGAAUAAAAAAGGCGGGUUCGCGAGAUUAAAGGCGAAACCGAGAAUUCUCGAUUCAUUUUGCGGCGAAGACGAUGACACGACGGACGUGUAAGGUCGUGGGUUUGCAGUCGGCGUGCGAGGGUAGUACUCGGGUCGGCGGGCGCCGCUCGGGGCUGUACUAGUAAAAGGUCUUUCAUUGUGAUGCGAAAACAAAGGUUUACGAUGUGAGUAUCCAUGAAUCCCGCACCCGCACAUCCUCGUCCAACGCGACCCUCACGCGAACGAACGAUCCGGCUCCGAUCGUGCUCACCCCCCCGCGCACUUGCUCGCGGGCGCCCUCGCCGGCUCCGGCUUCAGGUACCCCGCCUCCACCAGCACCCUCAGGUGCGUCGGGCACUUUCUCCGAAUGUACGUCUCGAGCUUGCCGCCGCUGUCCGUCAGCGGCGUCAGCCCGAGACGCUGCGCCACGUACGCGAUCUUAGCCUCCGCGUCCGGCACCUGCGACGCGUACGCGCACAACACCUCGACCUCGCACACCGCGUGCCCGAACGACGCGGCGUCCACGUCCACGGACGCGCCGUCCAGCUCGAACUUGGCUCUUUCCGUGGUGAACUCGGCAAACGGGACGACGCUGCACGACGCCAUCGCCGCGACGAGCGCGGCCUCGUCGUCGCUCGAGCCGUCCUCGGGGUUGUGGGCGCCGAGGGC